AUGGACUACUGGACAACCAAGCUCGACACCCCAACGCUCAAUGUUGUGCCGCUGGACUUCAAUAGACCCACCUCCGGCAAGAUCGUGGAGUCCAGACUGUCUGUGCCCGUGAACACCGCCGCCUCGUUCCAGGAGCUCCUGGCUACUUGGAUGGUUUUGGUGUACAGACUCACCGGCGACGACGACAUCGUCGUGGCCACAAACACGCCCAACGGCGAGGCCUUUAUUGUCAGACUCUCUAUUGAUCCGGCCGUCUCGUUCAAGGAGUUUUCGCGCCAGGUCGCAGAGACCUACGAUAUCGGCACUAAGAAUCUUGUGCCGCUCGAAGACAUCGCUGCUUACUUUCAAAAAUCCAAAGGCCUAGACUCUCCUCCGGCGCUGUUCACUCUCUCUUUCCAGCACGCUCACGACAACGAACAGCUCUCGACUUCAGUUCCGGGCUCUGUGAGAGACAUUGCCGUGUUUCUGCACAGCUCCAAGGAAGAGCUCUCUCUGAGCUUCUACUACAACUCUCUUCUGUACUCGCAGCGCAGAAUUGAAAUCAUGGGCGACCAGUUCAACCAGUUUUUGCAGAGCGUGUCUGCGCACCCGGAAACGGCCAUCUCGAAGGUCAGUCUGGUCACAGAGUCGCAGAAGCCGGUGCUUCCAGACCCAACCGUCGAUCUCGACUGGAGCAAUUACAGAGGAGCCAUCCAGGACAUUUUCAGUGACAACGCCGACAGACAUCCGGACAGAACGUGUGUGGUGGAGACGGCGUCGUUUUUGCAGCCUGGAGCCAAAGACCGUGUGUUCACGUACAGACAGAUCAACGAGGCCUCCAAUGUUGUCGGGCACUACUUGGUGAAAACAGGCAUCAAGAGGGGCGACGUCGUGAUGAUCUACGCGUACAGAGGCGUCGACCUGAUGGUCGCCGUCAUGGGCGUGCUCAAGGCGGGAGCCACUUUCUCCGUGAUAGACCCUGCCUAUCCGCCAGCCAGACAGACAAUCUAUUUGCAGGUCGCCAAUCCUCAGGGUAUUAUAGGAAUCAAGAAAGCGGGCGAGAUUUCGCAGCUUGUCGAGGACUACAUCGAGAAGGAGCUCAAGGUCGUGACCCGUAUUCCGGCUCUGGAGAUCCUCGACGACGGAAUAGUCAUUGGUGGCCAGCCAGACGUCCUCAGGGACUACCAACAGUACAAAUCCCAAAGAACGGGCGUCGUUGUCGGGCCAGACUCAAACCCUACGCUCUCGUUCACCUCUGGGUCCGAAGGCAUCCCAAAGGGUGUUCUGGGAAGACACUUCUCGCUGGCAUACUAUUUCCCGUGGAUGGCUGAAACUUUCCAUCUUAGCGAAAAGGACAAGUUCACAAUGCUCUCGGGCAUUGCGCACGACCCGAUCCAGAGAGACAUGUUCACGCCACUGUUUCUGGGCGCCACGCUGCUCGUGCCGACGGCAGACGACAUCGGAACGCCAGGAAAGCUGGCCGAGUGGAUGGCCAAACACGGUGCUACCGUGACACACCUCACACCAGCCAUGGGCCAGCUGCUGACUGCGCAGGCGGUUGCCGAGUUCCCUACUUUGCACCACGCGUUCUUUGUCGGCGACAUUCUCACCAAGCGCGACUGUCUGCGGCUGCAGACGCUGGCCCGAAACUGUGCCAUUGUCAACAUGUACGGCACCACCGAGACACAGCGUGCGGUGUCGUACUUUGAGGUUCCGUCCCGGGAGCAGGACUCGUUGUUUCUGGCCAACCAGAAGGACGUCAUGCCUGCCGGCAAGGGUAUGUUGAACGUGCAGCUGCUGGUGGUGAACAGAAACGACAGAACACAGACCUGUGGUGUCGGUGAGGUUGGCGAGAUAUACGUCCGUGCUGCUGGUCUGGCCGAAGGCUACAGGAACAACGACGAGCUCAACAAACAGAAGUUUGUCACCAACUGGUACACUUCGCCAGACAAGUUCAUUGCCAGGGACAAGGAGCUCGACCGGGGCGAGCCUUGGAGAGAGGUCUGGUUUGGCCCUAGAGACAGACUGUAUCGGACAGGCGAUCUGGGAAGAUAUCUGCCGGACGGGAACUGCGAAUGUUGUGGCCGUGCUGACGAUCAGGUGAAGAUCAGAGGUUUCAGAAUCGAGCUGGGCGAGAUCGACACGCAUAUUUCGCAGCAUCCGCUGGUGAGACAGAACGUGACUCUUGUCAGAAGAGACAAAAACGAGGAGCCGACGCUGGUGUCGUACAUUGUUCCUAGAACGUCGCCGGAGCUCGAGAAGUUCAAGAGCGCGUCGCAGGACGUGGACGACCUGGACGAUCCGAUUGUCAAGGGUCUGAUAGUCUACCGCGAGCUGAUUAAGGAUUUGAAGGCACACUUGAAGAAGAGACUCGCCAAUUAUGCCAUUCCGUCGCUGGUGGUGCCAAUGGCCAAGCUGCCGCUGAAUCCUAACGGCAAGGUCGACAAGCCUAAGCUGCCGUUCCCCGACACAGCACAGCUGGCCGCUGUUGCUCGGCUGUCGUCAAAAGAUGUAGCCGACGUCGAGUUUACCGAGACAGAGGCCAAAAUCAGAGAUGUGUGGCUCUCGGUGCUGCCAAACAAGCCUGCUACCGUCCAGCCGGACGACUCGUUCUUCGAUCUGGGCGGCCACUCGAUUCUGGCCACGCGGAUGAUUUUUGAGCUGAGAAAACAGCUUGCCGUCGAUAUCCCGCUCGGAGCCAUUUUCAAACAUCCAACACUGGCUGCGUUCGCUGCGGAAAUCGAUAGUCUGAAGAAGGACGACGGUUUCGAGCUGGCUGAUGGCAAGAACAAUGCCGUUCCAGAGGCCAAGGACGAGACUGUCGACUACUUCGAAGACGCAAAGACAUUGUCCCAAAGCCUCAAGAGCUAUCCUACCAGAAACGCUCUCAACUUCUCGCAGCCUUUGAACGUUUUCGUGACCGGAUGCACAGGUUUCCUGGGAUCGUUCAUUCUGCGCGACCUGCUCAGCAGAAACCUCAAUAUCACGGUCUGGGCUCACGUGCGUGCCCAAAACGAGACGGCUGCUAUGCAAAGACUCGUCAAAGCCGGAAAGACCUAUGGCAUCUGGAACGACAAGUGGACACAGAACGUCAAGGUGGUUCUGGGCAACCUCGACAAACCUCACUUCGGCAACGAGGAGCAGUGGAAGCGGCUUGUGUCCGACGUUGACGUGAUAAUCCACAAUGGAGCUCUCGUCCACUGGGUGUACCCAUACUCCAAGCUCCGCGACGCCAAUGUCGUUUCCACGCUGAACGUGAUGGACCUUUGUGCAGAGGGCAAACCAAAGGUGUUCACGUUUGUGUCGUCGACGUCCACGAUCGACGUGCCUCACUACGUCUCUCUUUCGGACAAACUGGUGGACGAAGGAAAAAGCGGCAUCCCAGAGGACGACGACCUGAUGGGAGCAGCCAAGGGACUCGGCACGGGAUACGGCCAGUCCAAAUGGGCCGCAGAAUAUAUCAUCAGAAAGGCCGGCGAGAAGGGACUCAGAGGCGCGGUCAUCAGACCAGGCUAUGUUCAAGGGUUCUCCCAGACCGGUGCUGCCAACACGGACGACUUCCUGCUGAGAAUGCUCAAGGGUUGUGUCGAGGUCGGCGAGUACCCAGAUAUCUCCAACAACGUCAACACCGUUCCUGUGGACCACGUUGCGCGCGUUGUCGUGGCUGCUGCCUUGCACCCGCCAGCGGCUGCUACGCUUCCUGUUGUUCACGUGACCGGGCAUCCGCGUAUCAGGUUCAACGAGAUGCUGGGAGCUUUGCAGAAGUUUGGCUACGACGUCAGGCGGGCCGACUACUUGCAAUGGACCAAGUCGCUGGAACGGUACGUGGUCGACGAGGGAAAGGACAACGCUCUGUAUCCGCUGCUGCACUUUGUCCUGGACAACUUGCCUCAGGACACCAAGGCCCCAGAACUGUGUGACAAGAACGCUGUGGAGAGCCUAGUUGCCGACGCUAAAAUUACUGGCGAGGACCGGUCUGCCGGUGCCGGUGUCACGAUGGACGUGUUGGCCAAGUACGUGAGCUAUCUGGUCAAGAUCGGAUUCCUGCCACCUCCACACAAGGGCGAGAUCGCUCUUCCAGAGGUGGACAUCUCCAAGGAGACCCUGGAGCUGAUUAAGUCUGGUUCCGGAGCUAGAACCAGUGCGAACUAA